CCCUCCCCUCCAGAGGCCAAGCCUGGUGACAGCCUCCUUAUAUUUAAAGAGGACAAGAGUCCCCCUUAUUCAGUGAGCAGACACAGACCACACAGGCAGACAUCACCUAAAUCUGAGUCUUCAAGAUGCCAAACUGGGGCGGAGGAGCCAAAUGUGGAGCCUGCGAAAAGACUGUCUACCAUGCGGAAGAAAUCCAAUGUAACGGAAGGAGUUUCCACAAGACCUGCUUCCACUGCAUGGCCUGCAGGAAGGCUCUCGACAGCACCACGGUAGCAGCCCAUGAAUCGGAGAUCUACUGUAAGGUCUGCUAUGGACGCAGGUACGGACCCAAGGGGAUUGGAUUUGGACAAGGCGCCGGCUGCCUCAGCACUGACACAGGCGAGCACCUGGGCCUCCAGUUCCAAGAGUCUCCGAAGGCAGCUCGCUCAGCUACCAGCAGCAACCCUUCCAAGUUUACUGCAAAGUUUGGGGAGUCCGAGAAGUGCCCUCGAUGUGGGAAGUCAGUCUAUGCUGCUGAGAAGGUCAUGGGAGGUGGCAAGCCUUGGCACAAGACCUGUUUCCGCUGUGCCAUCUGUGGGAAGAGUUUAGAGUCCACGAACGUCACAGACAAAGAUGGGGAGCUUUAUUGCAAAGUUUGCUAUGCCAAAAACUUUGGCCCUACAGGCAUUGGGUUUGGAGGCCUUACACACCAAGUGGAAAAGAAAGAGUGA